CCUGAGAGCUAAUGAACAAUCAAGUAGGAUUUCACCAUGCGGACUAAGCCUACAGACGAUCCUCACACUGCCUGCAUCUCUCUAUAUAGCAUAAGCAUUGGUUCUGGCGGAAAGGGGAGAAAGAAUACCAAAGAGUGACUUCAAGGCGUAACAGAGAGCAGCAAAGAUGAGUCAAUUAUCACUACGUUAAAAACAAGGGCAACCAAAGUUAAGAAGUGUAAAUAAAGGUGGAUUAUAUGGUAGAUUUGAGCCCAAGUGGAUUCAGUCUCAAAUCUAUCAGCUCCUGUCUGAAUUCUUGAGGAAAGAGGAAGAAAGGUGAAGGACCAGCCAUGGAUAUGGGUGGUCUGCAAAACAUUGUGGCCAACUCGGCCUAUGUGUCUGCCCGCGGUAGCGUCGAUGGUGCAUCAGCGUCGGCCAUGCGCGACAAGAAGUUUCGCGCCAAACUUGACCUUCCGCACAUCACAAAGUGCAUGCAUAUGAAGACCACCGUGGACUCAGCUUUCGAAAGCAUGUGUGUCAAGCAGCCCAUUGGCAAACGCCUCUUUCAGCAGUAUCUGGAGAGUGAAGCAACUCACAAGAACGCCUGCGAACUCUGGAAGGACAUGGAGGAAUACAACACUGCCCAGGAGACAGACCGGAUGCAAAAGGCCCAGAAGAUUGUUAAUAAGUUCUAUGAAUCCCAGUCCAAGAACUUCUGCGGUUUCCUGGAGGAGAAGGCGGUGACACGUGUCAAGGAGGACCACAAGAACACCCGCGGAGACCUUUUCAAGGAGAGUGAACAGCUGCUUCUGAAGCACCUUGAGGCCAAGGCUUUGGAAGGCUUCAAGAACAGCAUGUACUUCCUGCGUUAUGUUCAGUUCAAGUGGCUGGAGGCCCAGCCCAUUGACGAGGAGUGGUUCAUGGACUUUAGGGUACUAGGGAAGGGAGGGUUCGGGGAGGUACAUGCCUGCCAGAUGAAGGCCACAGGCAAGCUGUAUGCCAACAAAAAGCUGGACAAGAAGAGGCUGAAGAAACGUAAAGGCUACCAGGGAGCGAUUGUGGAGAAGCGUAUACUGGCCAAGGUGCACAGUCGGUUUAUCGUAUCACUGGCAUAUGCAUUCCAGACCAAAACUAACCUCUGUCUUGUUAUGACCAUAAUGAACGGAGGGGAUCUCAGGUUUCAUAUGUACAACGUGGAUGAGAAGAACCCGGGUUUCAACGAGACCCGAGCAUGUUUCUACAUAGCCCAGAUAAUCCUGGGGUUAGAGCAUCUUCAUCAGCACCGGAUCGUCUACCGGGAUCUGAAACCAGAAAAUGUACUACUGGAUGAUGCAGGCCACGUGCGUCUCUCUGAUUUGGGUCUGGCUGUUGAGCUUCCGGCUGGAACUGACAAGACCAAGGGAUAUGCAGGUACACCAGGGUUCAUGGCUCCAGAACUGAUUGAAAACAAAGAGUAUGAUUACACUGUGGACUACUUCACCCUAGGCGUCACUCUAUAUGAGAUGAUUUCUGCAAAGGGCCCUUUCAGAACCAGAGGAGAGAAGGUUGAAAACACUGAAGUUGAGCGGCGGAUAUUAAAUGAUGCUGUAGUGUACACAGAUAAGUUCAGCAAAGACUGCAAGGCUAUCUGUGAAGGACUGAUGGAAAAAGAUCCAGUAAAACGUCUCGGCUUCAAGAAUAAUGAAUGUGCAGAGCUUAAAGAACAGCCCUUCUUCAAAGAACUCAACUGGGGACGUUUGGAAGCAGGCUUGCUUCCUCCACCAUUCGUCCCAAACCCCAACACAGUGUAUGCCAAAGACAUCGAUGACGUUGGAGCCUUUAGCACCAUCAAAGGGGUGGUCAUUGACGCCACGGACAACGAGUUCUACAACGAAUUCUCCACCGGCAAUGUGCCCAUCCCCUGGCAGGAGGAGAUGAUCGAGACAGGAGUGUUCGGAGAGCUCAACAUCUGGGCACCAGGGGGCAAGCUGCCUGAUGACCUGGACCCCAACAAAAUCCCUGUAGCAAAGGGAGGGGCCUGCACGCUGCUCUGAACUCAUCAGAAUAGUCAGGUGUUUAAUACGCGUCGCAGCGAUGGAGAGCUUGUUUUGGAUCAGGUCCACUCUGUCACAUUCAUUAUGAUGUCAGAUGAAAUGCUGACCCUAGAUCAACACUGCCAAGCUUUUCAUAACAAUAAGACCAGAGUCAAUUAAGCCUGAAUCACAAUAAGACCCGUGUAAAUAAAGGCUGAAUGGUAUUGGAAAAGGAUGAAUUUGCAAAGUUGGACAAUAAUGUUCGCUAGCAGGUGUUGGGCCAAAGACACAUCAAGUGUUGGGUCUUGAGAUGCCUACUGUAUGUUAAGUGUGAAUACUUCUUGUAUAAAGUAGAUUUGCUUUUUGAAGCAUUUGGUUGCUUUAUUAGAGAGGAAAAUGGUUAAAGCUAGAAGAGAGAAUCUUUCUGGAAGAGGGCUGCAUUAUAAGCCAUGUUAGAACCGUACAUUAUUGCACUGUAAUUAAAAAAAUACCUUUAUAGAAAAUAUUAUUUUUAGCCAAAGAGAAACAAAAUAUAUUAAUUCUAAUAUUCCUCAGACAUGCUAAUAUCAGGUGUUACUCAUGUAAAAAUAUGAAUUGUGAUUAUAUGUUUAUGCAUUUUAUCAUAUAUUUUAUAGACAUUUAUAAUUAUAACCAUCAGUUUAAAAAGAAAAAGUAGUCUACAGGAGUAUUGAAAUGUUGUAAAUUGUUGUAAAUACAAAAAGAAUAAAACGUUGCAAUGCACUUAGGUAUUGCAGGAUGCGGUUUUCUACAUCAACUAAUGCAGCAGCAGCCUUGUCUAAGUAUGUUCAGCCCCAACGCCAGGGGACAUGUAGUGUGGCAGGAUGCUUGAUGUACAAGAACACCCCCUGAACAGGAUGUGACCGAAUGCUGUCACAGGGAAAUGUGUUUA